UUCAGUCUUGUACACCACUGCCUAGAAGACACUACUCAUUCUCAUCUCUCACCAACAGUUCUUCAUAGUGCAGUGUGAAGAAACUGAACUCAGACAGAGAUAAUUGAGAGGAAAAGUUCGGAGGGGAGGAAAUACUGAACUCCUGCUUAUUUAUCAUCCUGGAACAAUAAAGUGUUACAAAGGGCCACCACCAUGCACUUCGAGGACCUGCUGGCGGACAUAGGGUCAUUUGGGAUGUACCAGCGUCUUCUGAGCUUCCUACUGAUCCCAUUCACCACGGGCAUCGUCGGCUUCACCUACUACGUGCAGCUCUUUGUGUUGGCUGUACCUCCUCACACUUGCAACCAGAGACCUCACGAAGGAGGAGACCAAGAAUUCUACCAUCACCUCGCUCCUCUGCUCAACACCACGCCCUAUGACUCGGACGCCAGGCAGCCCUACACAUGUCACCAGUUUGACCUUAAUGUGACCUCAUCAUACUUGGUGUCCGAUAACGUGAUCAACGUGACCUCACUGGAGCAGUUACCUUCACCAACCAUGACCUGUGUCGACGGCUGGAAAUAUGACCUCGAUCACGUUUUCUCUUCCUACACCUCAGAGAACGACUGGGUGUGUGAGGAGGCCUGGAGACCCUACAUGGUGGUUACGAUGUUCUGGGUUGGCAAUACUGUCGGCUCUUGGCUCUGGGGCUUCGUAUCUGACAUGUUUGGGAGGCGGCCUACGGUGGGACUGAGCUUACUGGUGUACGGCUUAGCGGGCGUGGCCAGUGUGUUCGUCAGGGACUUCUACGGAUUCACCGCCCUUAGGUUCCUGGUGGGCUCGUCACACCACAUAGUGUCUCACCUGCCCUUCGUCCUCGUGGUGGAGUACUGCGGGCUUGAGAGUCGUGUGGUGCCGCUGCUGACCAUCAUGAUGACCUACACCACUGUUUCCAUCAUCACCCCAGCUCUCGCCUGGGUCAUCUGGGACUGGUACACCCUCGUCCUCAUAAGUGGCAUCUUUCCUCUCGUCCUUCUGCUGACUUACAGGUGGAUCCCUGAGUCGUCAUCCUGGCUGAUAGCUCAAGGGAAGAGCGAGGCAGCGCGAGCCCAGCUGUCCACGGUGGCUAAGGUGAACGGCCACCGUCUGCCAGAGGACAAGUUCAUGCAGUUCCUCGCUGAUAAAAGCAAUGACGAGAACGAACAUCAGACGAAUGGAACAGAUAAAGGUAGCGAGACGAGUCGGUCGAUCAUCGAUGCCGUGAAGUAUCCCAACCUACGCAAGAACAUUCUGUUGGUGAUGGUGGUGUGGAUGCUGGCCUGUAUGUGCUUCUACGGCCACUGUCAGAACACGGCGAACCUGGGGAGAAACGUGUUCAUGAGCUACCUGCUGGGGGCGGUGGUGGAGGUGCCGUCGUGGUGCGUGCCCUGGCUCAUUCACCGUCUGGGACGACGUCUUCCCCUUACCGCCGCAUUCCUCCUCUCCAGCAUCGCUGGCUUCAUCUACGCUGUCGUGCCGGAAGGUAUGGAGUGGUUGGCGCUGACGGUGGCACUGGUGGGGCGGGCGACCAUCACAGGAGCCUACUACAUCACUCUGCAGUACUGCCCGGAGGUGUUUCCCACAGUGGUGCGGGGUCAGGGGGUCGCCUUGGCCGAGACUCUGGGCGGAGUAGCUAUCUUCCUUUCUCCCUCCAUCGUUUAUCUGGGAGAGUGGCAGAGGGGGGCGCCGUUGUUAGUGUUCGGCGGUUUGUCAAUGGUAGCUGGGUUUUCCACACUCCUGUUGCCGGAGACUGCCGGAGUAGCCCUGCCCCAGACCCUUCCCCAGGCCGAGCUCUUUUUCAGCCGCUCUAGCGCCUCCUGUUGCAGAUUCCAGAUUCCUAUGAACGACGACAAGACGUUCGCAGAAGAUGAACUGGCCAUCUGACCCUGAUUCAUCAACAGCUGCUUCUUAAUACUGUACCAAAUGUGGACGUAUAAAGCAAAUAAUUAUGAAAGAAUGAAGUGAAUACAAAAAAAUAAGAACAAAAUAUACUUAAAAUUUUAAUAGAAAGUUGUCUUUUCUUUUAAUAUACUUAAAAUCACUAAAACAAUAAGUAUAGCAACAACAAAAAUCAACAAACAACUUCUGGUGCCAGCGCUAUUCUACACCUUUACCUAGAUAAACAGCACCAUCCCUCGCAUGGUCAUGUAAAUAUCAGUUUUACAGUUUAUUUACGUUUCUCCAACGCUUGGCUUUUAUUCUGUAUCUUAAAUUAACAAUACAAAUCCUGACCAAAUUCUGCGAGCAAUAUGGUAUUUAUGCUUUUUAUCUUAUUAUUUCUAUGUGGGAUUUAACCUGAGCUUCUUCCAGCCAGCUUACCGUUAUGUCAGUGUUGUUCACUAGUUGGCUGCCCAGGUAACUGUAUGGUCUCGACUCCAUUGUCUAGAGAUUGUAGUUUUUCUCUUCCGCCGGAGCACAUCAACAUACACAUGGCAAGCGCUCAACAAGUAAAGGAAAAUAGUAAGCACUAUGCAAAUGACGGUGCUACACACCUGCCAGUACCGGAGACAGCGAGCAAACCAUGUUCGGGCUCCUGGCCAUCACCACCAGCAGCAAAUUUCACCGUCUCUCGACCUCUGCCACGUACUGGACCACCUUCCAUCGCAGCACAUACAAGACUAAACUCUAUAUCGUUGUUUAUUGGUCGCUGUGAACUGCCUCAAAGUUCGACCCCCAGAUUCGGAGUUUUGCUCAUGAAGUGAAUCAGAUUCAGUUGUUGUUGUGAACCAAACAGACCAAGGAGGACAAUUAUGUUUAUUGUUUUGAUAAAUCGUCUUUUUUGGUCAGUAUUCUAUAUUAUCACAAACGCGCAUAAUAUUAAUGUCGAGUUAAUAUUUUGUAUCUGGCAUUGUCAAAGUUGACUUUGGAGCUUUCGAUAAGUAACAAAUGACAUUAGACGCAAUGCAGCUUCCAAAUCAGUAAUACGAAGCAAGUUCCAACAUUUAUACGAACACAACUGGACGCCAAAUUUAAACUUUCAUAACUAUAUAUAAUAAACCAAAGAGAAACAAUGUAUUCCUUCCAUUAUUCGAAA